UUCUGUUGUUAAUUGUUGCCGGCUUCACACCGUAAGAUUUCGAAUUACACAGCGAUUCGCCAGAUGGUCAAAAACGUCUAACCUUUUUGAAUAUUCAGCUUUGGAGGGCGCGUGGUUCUUGGAAUAAGUGCUACAGGUUGAAAGAGAAAAUGAAGGAGCAGCCCUCAAACUGAAGAGAUUAUCUCACAAUGAGAUUCUGACUGAAUCCAGUGCAGACCUAAAUUCUGAAAAAGGAAUCUUAGAACACUGGUCUGGUGCAGUAACCAAGAAGAGAGAGACGCCACAUUGAACAUGGCCUUCCAUGAAGAGGAUGACAUGGAGCAAAAAACAGUCCGAAUCAAAGAAGAGGAGUGUGAAUGGGAAUCUUUUCUCAUUACGGAUGAGAUUCUGUGCAUGAAGCAGGAAGACAGUGAGUGGGAGAUAGAUGAUAUUCCAGAGGAUUCUGAACAUGUGUCUGUCAGCCUUAAAAUACAAAAUCACGAAGCUGUAAAUAAUUUUAAAGAAGCAGUGUCGUCGGAAAAUGGCCUCUGCUCAAGAACAUGCAGGUGCUGCUCUCCCCAGCAGCAUUUGGUCCAUGUGAAGUCUGAAUUUCUGGAGCCUGAGGAUAAGAAUAAUGAAGGAAAGUGUUGCAGGAGAGAAAAGCAAGAACAAACCUUAUCUGCUCUGCAGACAGUAAAAUCAGGUUUACAAGAGAGUAGCAGCUGUUCACUGUCUUCAUUUGCUCAGGCGUCCCUUCAUCUGAGACCUCAACUGAAACCAGAUGAAAUCAUAAGAAAAUCCAACUCUGGACCUGAAAUGGUGAAAUCAGCCUCUUUGCAAUACACUUCCCUGCCCAUAGAAAAGCUGACAAUGUCUGAUCCCAUCAAAAUUCAACAGGUCCAAAAUGCAAAACCAUUGUAUAUCUGCCAAGUAUGUGGGAAAGGUUUUAAGCGUAAAUCUAACUGCAAGGAGCACCAGAGAAUUCACACUGGAGAAAAGCCGUAUGGCUGUUCUCAGUGUGGCAAACGAUUCACAAAGCCUUCUAAUCUUCCGAUACACCAGAGGAUUCACACAGGUGAGAAGCCGUAUUCCUGCUCUGAAUGUGGCAAGCGGUUUACAGAACGACGACAACUUCAGAUCCACCAGAGAAUUCACACUGGGGAAAAGCCACACUGCUGUUCUGAUUGUGGGAAACGCUUCUCUCAAAUUGGCAAUCUUCAGAGACACAUAAGAAUUCACACUGGUGAGAAACCCUACUGCUGUUCAGAAUGUGACAAGCGGUUUGCCGAGAGGCAGCAACUUCAGCUGCAUCAAAGAAUUCAUUCUGGAGAGAAGCCACACUGCUGUUCUGAAUGCAACAAACGAUUUUCACGAAAAGGCAGCCUUCAGAGACACAAGAAAAGCCACACUGGAUAAAAUUCUUAACACGGUACUCCACAUAAUAGAUUUGUUCAAAAUAAAGUCUUUGGCCACACUAGAUAAUUUAAAAUUAAGACUGGCAGAAUUUAUCAUAUACAAUUUAAAUGUAGAAUGAAGACUUUUCUGUUGUUUUUUGUGCUUUGUAUAGCUGAAUAUGAAGGACUUUCAUGCCAGUCUAGCAAGUCGUGACAUUUUUUCCAUCAAGUAACUCCUUGAAUGUUCCCCAUUGUAAUAUGAAGAAGAGAACUUGCAGCAAAACAUUUUUUUGGAAAUUAGAAGACUUCUACCAUGGAAUUGUGACUAUUUACUAUGCGACUCCCGUCUACUGUUUUUGCAAGUAAAAGAAGAUCCCUUUCAUGCAGAGACAUCCUUGGUUAAUCCAGUAUCUGCAUACACUUUUUCAGAUGGCUUUCCUUGUAAUGCCUCACUGUCUGGGUAUGGCAUUUUUUUCUGUGAUUUUUUGAGACAGAGUAGCUAUCCACUUGUUAACUUUCACAGAAAGCAUUUAGGUUUGGUGUGAAAUCACAGGAAAAUAGAUGCUUAAACAUUUUUCAUUUUCUGUUUGGCAGGUAGUCUGUUUUUAUAUAUAAUAUAUACAGAAAGUUAAUUUAUAUAUUAUACAAAAUGUAUAAAUAUAGUUUAUAUACAUACUAUACAGGUGUAUGGAGGGUGAUCAAAAAGCCUGACCUAUUCAGAGACACCAAUAAAACCAAACAAGUUUUAUGUUUCAGGUAAUUCCAGUGAGCACCGCCACAUUUGUUAUCACCUUCUAUCUUAUAGAAAGCUUUUCUUUGCCACUCAGAUAAAAUGGUCUGUCGCACUAUUCCAACCACUCCUCUGUAGUUGACUUGACAUCUUCAUCAUUGGCAUAGCGUGUCCCUCAGACAUUGUCGGACAGGUAGUGGUAGUACUGUCACAUGUAGAGAGUCCAGUGAAAUUCUUACUUGCAUAUUAACCAACAUGUAAUGUGACCACUCCAAGGCAUUAUGACAAGAAUGUGGUAAAAAACACACACAACCUUGCUUUAUUUAUACAAAGUGACCAAUGGGGCUGCCUGAUGUACCCCUUCCCUUUGUUCUUGAGCUCACAUUGCCGGAGUUAGCAUAUAGUACUUGGGCUGUCAUGUGCUUAGCCUCCAUGUUCAUCAAUAUGAAAGACUGAAGUUAUUGUUGAAAUAGUUUUCUUCACUACAUUUCUAUGUGCAUUGUAUGCAGACCCCACACAGACAGUGGAUUAGCUGGGAAUUAAACCAAUGUUCCUGUAGCCGUGAAGCAGCACCAACCAUAGCAUUAUGGUGUCACUGGUAGUCAGGGAGAAACAGGGUAACUGUGGCAUCUCCUCAAAGGCAAAAACAGCCUUUGCGUCCCAUGUAGUGUGAGCAGGGACAAUGUCAUUAAUCAGAAAGGGGGAUUCUGGAUAACUUUCUCUGUUGCUUUUCCCUAGAUGGAAUGCUGCAAAUGCCAAAACAAAUCAGCAUAAAACAUUGACCAGUUAUGCCCUUUAAGAAGUAUAAUCAAUGUGGACUACAGCCUCAUUGUGAUUAAUAAUUGUGGACAUGAUCUUACUGGUACUUGUCUGGACCAUAUGUUUCUUUGUUGUCGGAAAACCUCCCUCCUUCCAUUGUUUCGACUGUUAUUUUGGGCUGUGAGUGACAGUGAUGCAUACAAGUAAGUUUCUCCCACUCUGAAUUAAUUUUCAGGAGUUCCUCAGCACACAUGGACUUCUGUAAUGUUUAACUGAUUUUAAGAAAUGGAGAUUCAUCUGACUCCUACUUAAUCCUGAUAGUGCCUGUUCUCUCAUGCAUUGUUACUGUUUAAUUCCUUCCAUAUGAGUAAUGUUUUCCAUAGACAUCCCGUCAUCUCUUAAUUAUGGUAUAUGAAGUGAAUUGGUUCCGCUAAAUUUUGAGCAUACAGUAGAAGGCAUGUCAUUCUCAAGCAUUAGGAAUUCAAUGAUGGCAUGAUACGUGAUUGUAUAGUAUUCAGCAUCCAUGUUGGCUUUAUACUGAAACAAGAAAAAUGCAUUGUAACCCACAAAUGUGUUAUUCACAUAUUUUAGUACACAGUAGCUACUUGUUGCCACUUACAUAAUGAACACAGCAGAAUAUCUCUAGCAGGUACAGAACUUUUUGAUCACACCUCAUAUUUCUGUUGUUACCACCGCAGGUGGGCUAACAUAAUUUUAGCACUGUAAGACUGCAAGGCUGGCCUGACAAUGAUAUACUAAAAUGAUCUUACUAAAAAGAGCAUCUUAAAUGUAAAACUUUAAACCCUUUUUAAAUUUAUCACCUGUUGCUUUCUGUGAUCCACAGGACCUACCCUGUUGAAUUUAAUGGAAUGGAGCUAAAAUCAAUAUGGCAGCUUAUCUCUGUCUUUGUUUCCAUGGAGCUAAGGCUACUAAGACAAAGCAGACUUCCUGGUUCAAAUACAAAUACUAAGAGCUAUACAAGAAAAAAAAACAUUGGGUGAAGCAUGAGUUACAUUGUCUUAUUUAUUAAAAAUAUUUGCCACUGAUCCUUGAUUUAUGGUAGGUUUUUAAAAUGCAGUGUCUUUAAUGUUUAUUAAGUUGUUUUCAUUUAUGUUUUCUUCAAAAAAAGCAUGAUUUUCAUUGGGUUAUGUUUAAAAUUUAAAAGUGAAAACAAAAUGCAGUGGUAAUUGAAAGAAAUGCAUAGAAUCAAAAUGUGGCUGGAAAAGGCAAAUAUAAAUAUAUAUUUGUAUUAUAUUUAUAAUAAAUGUACUGAAGCUUAAAGGGGAAAAUGUAAAAGAAGAGAAGGAGGCAAAGUGCUAAUCAGGAUAAUAAUUAAGAAAAAGAAAAUGAGCCAGAGGAGCAAAGGGAAUGACGAAAGGAAACAGUUAUCAAGGCUCUGGGCAGCAUCUGACAGGGUGGCAUAAUAGCUUGGAGAUCUUGGAAUGGAGUACCCAGUCUCUUGUUUAAUUCCUUCAAUUCACUGAGUGAUCCUAAUCAGGACUUUCAACCUUCCUGAGCUCCAGUUUAGAGAGAGGGGGGAAAAAUGUGGUACCAUUUAUCAGUACUUGUAAAGUGCCUUGCAAUGGUAUGGUGUUUAACAGAAAAAGGUACACUUUGGUUAAUCCUCUCACCCCCAUAGAGUUGGUAAUUGCCUUGUUUUGGUUCAUGUUGCGCAUUAAUGUUAAACGUAGUAGAUAUGCAUGUACAUACCCUCAUCCAUUUGCUGAAAAUGCUUAGCCCUGAUGUGCAGGGAGAGAUGCGUAUAGAGUGCCUAUAGAAGAUAUUCACCUCUUUGGACGUUUUAACAUUGAAUCACAGUGGAUUUAGUUUGAAAUUCUUAAACACUAGGGGGCCCUGCCACCUUCUUGCUUCAUUCGCCAACCCUUGUGCGGGCGAUACACGCUAGCCACUUCGCAGCUCUGCCAGUCGCGUACGCGGAAGCGGAUGUACAAUUUAAACAGAUUGUUAUUUUCAUGGGAAUUGUUACAUAUGCAUAAUAGACCUAACUAUUUUACAUUACAGAGAGUAAUUAACCAUAGU